AUGAAGAGCUUAACAAAGUUUAAGAACAAUGUACUUAGUUCAUUAUCAGGAGGUCCAAAGACAAUUGAUCAGAACUUUGAAACUGCAAGAAAGGAGUUCAACACAUUGUUUGAAGGCGUAACAAACAUCUACACCUCACUGCAGACUUAUGACAAGCAUCUAAAGAAGGCAUUCAUUCAUCCAUCCAGCCUCAAUAAGAACAUUCAAACAUACUUCCCAAGCGAUCACCCUUUGUCAAUCUACACUGCAGACAAUAUAAAGCAAGUGGAUCAGGCGUUCAAUGAUUGGGUCAACAGCCAGAAGCUCAACUAUGAGUUGCUGCAACAGUACAUCUCACGAAUCAAGACUGUCAAGGAGACAAUGUCCGACAGGGACAACAUGCUGAUCGAACUCGAUCGCUCCGCCAGCAAGGUCAAGGAGCUCAAGGAGAAGCCGCAGAAGGACGUCAACAAGCUUCCGGCCGAGGAGACAAACUACGCCAACAAGAAGGAGGCCUAUGACAACAUCAACUACCGCACCCUCUCAGAGAUCUCUAAGCUGUUUGAUGACAAACAGACAUACUUUGAUCGUCCACUCCAAAACAUUCAGCUCUCAUUUGGCUAUCUCUACUCGUCAAUCACCACCGCUCAUCAAUCCUUCUCAAGCGUGCUCGAGCAGAACCCUCCUUAUCAUAACCCUGUCAAGCAGUUUGUUGGUGAUGCUCCAGAUAACUACACGGCGCCACCAGAGACCAGCAGCAACAACAGUGGCGGCAGCUCAUUCAAUCAAUCACCCCCACCUCAACCAUCAAGACCAUCACCAUCAGCUCCCCAGCAACAUCAAAUGCCCAUGCCACCACAACAACAACAGCAGCAGCCACCUCCACUGCGACCAAUCCAACCUCAGAUGCCAAUGCCACAACAGGCCCCUCCACCCCAGCCUUCAAGACCAUCAGCACCUCAGUUCCCAAUGCAACAGCCUCCUCCAGCACGUCCAUCGCCAAUGCAACAGCAGGCACCACCACCCCAACCAUCCAGACCAUCACCAUCAGCACCUCAGCAACCUCAAAUGCCAAUGCCACCACGCAGACCAAACUCUGGACAAUAUCAACCACCAGCUCCAGGUCAAUAUCAGGCUCCUACUCCAGCGCCAGGUCAAUACCAAGCACCAGGUCAAUAUCAAGCUCCCGGUCAAUAUCAAGCACCAGCACCAGCCGCACCCGGUCAAUACCAAGCGCCAGGUCAAUAUCAAGCUCCAGGCCAAUACCAAGCGCCUGCCCCAGCACCAGGUCAAUAUCAAGCUCCCGGCCAAUACCAAGCGCCAGGUCAAUACCAAGCACCUGCACCUGGACAAUACCAAAAUGUGGCUAACUCCUAUGCGACGGGUGUUGUAACCAAUCCCGAGUACCAGAAGCAGGCUGGAAGUGCAGUGGCCAACAAGGCUAAUGAUCCAAAUGUUCAGUCACAGGUCGGCUCACAAGUGGCCAACAACUCUAGUAACCCCUACGUUAAGAGUGCCGCUGGCAACUCCAAUGUUCAAGCAUUCGGUGGCAAAGCAUUUGGAACAGCGGCCAAGAACCAACAAGUCCAAAACGCAGCAGGCAAUGCCGCUGCCAACCAGAUCAACAAUCAACCAAAGCGAUUCUAA